AUGACAGGAUACACAAGAGUUGUCGCGUGUUUGUGGCUUCUGUGCACUCUAGCAAGUGCUUUAAAGCGUGAAAUUUCCACUAGGAACAAUCGAACAUGCGUUUCAUGCCAUUUUGUUUCCUCCUCCGUUAGCCCCCUACUUUUUCUUUCGCAAAAGCAAAAACCGUUCCUCGAGGCUCGGUCUGGAGACUAUUGGUUUUACUCUAAUGACGAGAACGAUGAUGAGCCAGUGGCGUGGGAGAUGGAUAUUAUUUUCAUUUCCAGACCAGACUUGGAGAUUGUUGACAUGACCGACUGGGGCUCGUAUUAUAGUUGUUGGGACGAUAUGCCUGCGCGAACACAAGAGAAUCAAACAGAAAUUCAAAAAUUUGCCCUGGAUGAAGUUCUGGCCAAAGGCAUGAACCAAUCUGCAAUUAUGUCUUUCAAACUCACCCCCGAAAAUAAUAUCACUGGACAUUACCCAAUACCUUCCUCUGGGUAUUACUGUGCCGUUGCGACUUCGAAAGCUAGCGUUAGAGAUUUUUCCAUGUUUGCCGAGGUUAACUAUCAUGGAUCCCUUGGGGAAUUGGACAGCGAUGACCACAGGUACAUGUACAUCUAUGCUUUUUCAAGCUUCGUCUACUUCUUUGGUUCCAUCUGGUAUUUCUACUACGUCUUUCUCAGGAGAAAAUACACGACAAACGAUUACCUUGCUAUUGGAAGCACGAAAUCACAACUGAAAAAUGCAGAGAUUCAGCUGCGUAUACUGAUGUACAUGCUUGGAUGCUCUCUAGUCUACUUCAUGUCAACGAGCCACUUAUACCACUUGAAUAAGAAUGGCCCUGAGACCAGCUCCAAAGGAUCUCUACUAGACUUUGCUUCUACGGCAUUAACGACCCUUUUUUUCUGCUGGGCGUUGUACAAUCUGCUGUUGAUGUCAUCGGGAUACCUUUUCACCUCAGGAUCAAAAGAUAAACGAGUCGUCUGGUUCAUAAGAUUGGUAACCAUUUCCACUCUUGUGGGUGGCUUGCUUUCAGGUUAUGGUUCGGCAUUCCGGCGUGGGGGGAGGUGGAGGCGGCGCUGGCACAGCCGUUCUAUAUUUCUGAAAUUACUGCAUACGUGUACUUUCUUGGAGUAUGUGGUCAGUUUUGUCUUUGGCUCCUAUUUAUCUAUCAAGACAUUCUCCGAAUUACGUUUGCACGGAAGAAGAGCAACUGCAAACAGAUUCAUCGCAACAGUGUUAAUCAUUAUCUUGCCAAUUGUACUUGACGGGUUCGGCCGCGAUGUGAUAUACAUCGAGCCCAUAUCCUCUCUGAUGUACGACAUCCUAGAAUUCAGAUCUGCCAGUCAUAUUUCUCACUUAGCUGCCACGGUUGCAGUGGCUUUCUUGUGGAGGGAUACAUCAUUGGAAUCAGAAAUGGUUUUGAAACAAGAAUGA